ACACCAAGUUGGACUAAAAUGGCAAGCUCUCUUCCUCUCGAAACAGUCAUGGCCUGCCCGGGACUAGACAGUCGGACUGGGGGCACCGCAGCACCCAAGGCCCUGGCUUUUUCCAUCGACAGGAUCAUGUCCAAGACAUCCGAACCAAAAGGCUCGCCUGCUGACCGCCGAGGACUGGACACCUCCGAGGGCAAGAAGAUGGUCAGCCUCUGCUCGCCCAUUCCCUGCAUGAUUCCCAUCCAGCCGUUCGGCUACGACCUCCAAGCAAAGGCAUUGAUGAACUAUUCUGAACUGUGGAAAGCUAAUUUAAGGGGAACGCUGUGCACCUCUGCCGGGAUGUGCAAAGCCAACUGCGGAAUGUGCGGCAAAACAGACACGGGAUUCAAGCAUUCCUUAUUACCGGGAGCCAGGGUUAUCAAGCCCCAAGUCAUCCACCAGGCCAUGACGAUGCCUGCAAACGGCUCUUUGUACUAUUUCAAUUAUUUGGACUCGGCGUAUCAUCAGUCAGAUUUGCUUAGCGGACACUUGUUCUCCUCUGCCCUGGCGAAUUCCCAGGCGCAAGCGUCCCUCAGUGCGCACCACAAACUUUUGCUGCUGGAGAACGCCAAACUAGCAAGUGCGGCUGCGGAGAAAUUCCCAACACCGCAGUACCCACAUAAAGAGCACCUUCCCGGACAAUUAGACCAAAUUGUGAAAGAGAACCACUCGUUGGCAUCAGAGAAAAAUGGGGUGAAAGCGCACAACAAGGCCAAUAAUUGCACACCGGAUGGGAAGCCAAAAAACUUCACUUGUGAAGUCUGUGGAAAGGUCUUCAAUGCCCACUAUAACCUCACGCGUCACAUGCCGGUACACACAGGUGCAAGGCCAUUCGUGUGUAAAGUAUGUGGGAAAGGUUUCCGGCAAGCGAGCACGUUAUGCAGACACAAAAUCAUACACACACAGGAGAAACCUCAUAAAUGCAACCAGUGCGGGAAAGCCUUCAACAGAAGCUCGACCUUAAAUACUCAUGUGCGAAUUCAUGCAGGCUACAAACCUUUCGUGUGUGAAUUCUGUGGCAAAGGGUUUCACCAAAAAGGAAACUACAAAAACCACAAACUGACGCACAGUGGAGAGAAGCAGUUCAAAUGUUCUAUUUGUAACAAGGCCUUCCAUCAAAUCUACAACCUGACGUUCCACAUGCACACCCACAACGACAAGAAACCCUUCACGUGCGGCACCUGUGGAAAAGGCUUCUGUCGGAACUUUGACUUGAAGAAGCACAUAAGGAAAUUGCACGACAAUAUAAUUGCGGGAAAUGAUUCUUCCAGAGGACUUCAAAGCUGAGGCCUGCUCAAGACUGAUGGACUGACGAACAGAGUUUUCUUUCAAUUUAUUGUACAUAGCCUCAUCAUCUUCUAUGAUUGCAAAACUAUUACCUUACAUUUCUGUAGGCCCCUAU